AUGCUUGUUUUGCGCCUCGACUUAGGCGAGUCGAUGGUGCCCAGUCCGCCACGAGGCGGUCCCCUUGCUCUAAUCAUCUAUACUGAGCGACCCUACUUCAGACUCGUGGUCAUGCGACCAACAGACCAUCAGGUGCGACUGUACCUUCAUCAUGCUUUUGGCUAUUUUGAUGUUGAUCAAAAGAUUAAUAGAGGUACUUUGCACACAGGCGAUAUACUUUGGCCUGACUGGGCGGAACUCAAGGCAAAGGCAGUCACUGAAACGAGCAAAGAACGACGAUUUUACUUCAAUGAGGCCUUCCUUGGUUUUCCCCCGAAUGGCACAAUGUCACGCUUUGCGACUGAUACACUCAUGAAAUAUCACGACGAUAUUCGAUCUGUUAUUGUCGGUGUUGGUGAAACUGAUGGGUAUAAAGAAAGUUUUGCCAUAAAAUUUGGACCCUUCCGUGGUGCGAUGAAGUCCUUUCUCAUCGCAAUGCCAAUAUCUCCGGCUUCUGUCACAGCACUGUCAGUGGACUCCCUUGUGGGUGCGUUGGAACUGGAACUAGGCCCAACUGCUAUUGUCCUCUCAAAAGCCACUGUAGCGCGCUGA